AUGGCGAAUCAAACAUCUGCAACUUUUUUGCACAUUAUGGAUUCAAAAUUAAUUCAAAAAUAUCUUGAAGAUGGUUCAAAACUUGUAUAUGAAUUAUUUCGUGUUGCUAAAGAACAUGUGCCUUCCAUUGUAUUUAUUAAUAAAAUUGAUGCUAUUAAAACUAAACGAGAAAUUCAAAGAACUAUAUUAGAACUUUUGAAUCAGUUAGACGGGUUUGAUUCUAGAGGAGAUGCUAUAUCAGUUGUUGGUGUACUUCAAGAUGAUACUAAUCCAAUGGUUAGUAUUAUAAAACUUGAGAAAGCACCUACAGAAUUAUAUACAGAUAUUGGUGAUUUAGAACAACAAAUUCAAGGAAUCAAAAAAUCUAUAGAAUUAUUUCUAAUACCUUCAGAACAUUAUGAAAAAAUGGGGAUUAAACCUCUGAAAGGCUUAAAUGAAAAUGAAUUUCAAGCUUGGAAAGCAAUGUUAUACACAUGUGGAUGUACUGAUAUAACACCAUACCCCAAAUCUAAAUAUAAAAAUGAAUUUUGGAGUAAAUUAAAAGACCCAACUACUGAUAAAGCUAAUCUAAAAAUAUUAUAUAAACUUGGAUACUUACAACUUGAACCUGAAGAUUUAGAAGAUUCAAAGAAUUUAGAAAGUUUAGAGGAUUUAGAGGAAAGUAUUUUCUGA